GUGAGGAAACAGCAGGUGUUUUGUGCCGCGCCGGGUGCACUGGGCGCUUGCAUUACGGGCAGCGUGUUAAUGGUGAGGCGUUGGGUAAGGGAUGCAGUGAAGAAUCGCAGUGGUAGACAGCACAUAUCUGAUUUGUUCAAUCGUCGUAAGUUUAUUCGGUAACUUUUACCUUGGGCUUGGUCAUCUUUGUUUGACUGCGCCCUCGUCCGCGCUUGUUGCAGUUUCGAAUGCUUCUAUCCAAGCUUUCUCGUGUUGUACAAGAACAAAUUCAUGUUUUUAGAAGAAUUGGGAGCAACAGCAUUUCGCGUGACACUUCUCAAGUGAAGCGCGCACUUGCAUUUGUUCCACACCGCGUUUUAUUAUGGAGGGUCAUGGAAACCCACGUCCGAAACCUGACACUUGUUGCGCGUCGAGUGCACCCGUGCCUGCAAGCUGUAACGCGGGAAUUUCAUUCGUCCAAGAAUCUAAUAAGUGUAGGUCUAAAACAUGGCACCAGUCGUCAGGUAGCUGCAAUGGCAGGCCGAUCGAGCCGGACUUACAACUAAACGCGCAUUGUCGCCAAACAUCGCAAUGUGUUGACGACCUUGGCGACCUCCAGACAGCGCUGGAAGCCGACAAGAAAAGCCUCUUGCAGCAGCAGCAGCCUCGUCAGAAGUUCGAGACAGUCGCGGACAUGACUAAUCGCUUUGUCCAGUUCUUCACGACGUUGCAUCUGGAACGUGAGUGCACAGCCGGUGUGUUUAUCUGUGCUGUUUGUCUGUCGGCCCAGAAGACUCUGGCCAGAAUCCGCGAGGCAGUCAGGAAAGACCCGCAAGGUCGUCGUGUGGCUCUUAACAGCGGCAAGUUCAUGAAACUUCUGGUGAAACUCUGUAAACUCGAGUCGCCUGGUUCGCCAAGUAUCUGCACCGUCACUGACAGAGAAAUGACAGCAUUCUAUGAAACACAGGCGUACCGUAAAGUUGUCGGCACAGUAAGCAUACUGGAAGAUGAGAAGAGUGAGGAUCUGUGGAAGAGCAUCCUCGGCAAGGCAGCAAAGAGUAUUAGACCACUUACUUACGCGAUCAGGUUCAAAGGUACUCGUAUACCUGGCGGUAGCUCUUGCGUAUGGGACAAGGACUGUUACGAACAGCCGUCACAAGGUAUGCUCAUGAGCCAACCGGAAGCUGUGAGUAAGGGGAACCCAUACCCGGUGUCCGACCUUAAGACUUUGGAUGUUAUCCGGUGUGUAGAUGCUCGGCAUUUAAUAGUCUAUCGUACUAGUAGUGGCAAAGCAAGUGUAGACGCACUGAACUUGUUGCUGGCUGAGUUUCACCAAAACUUGACAAGUGGGCCUCGAGAAGAUCCUCCAAAUGUUGGUGACAUUGUUGGCCUGUUUGAAUCCAGGGAUCGUUUGCUGAGAAUGCUUGUUGUAGAAGUGUCUGAAGACAAGGCCGUAGUAUGGUCCAUGGAUCAGGGCAAUUUUUGCAGGCUUCGUUGGAGCAACCUUAUUGAUGUGUUGCCAUCGUUCAGAUGCUUGCCACCUGCAGUUGGUCUGGGUGUCCUCCCAGAUGUUCAUGCAGUGCCAUCCCUGAGGCUUUUGAGAGAAUGUGUAAGGACUGUUCAGACUUUGACAGACCACAGCGGCCAGGAAGCAUCCUUCCAUGUUGCGAUGGUGGCCAGGUUGAAGGACUACAAGGCCAUUGAAGUUCUUUCAGGCCUUCUAAACUGCCCAGACUAUGACACCAGAAUGAUCACUGCAAAGCUUUUAAAUCAGCUGUGCUGCAGGCAGGUUGGACGCCAGGCUGUUUCAAAAGUCGGCUGUGUAGACAAAGUUCUAGGGCGGCUGAGGAAGCUGGUGACUAUACGGCAACGACAAACCAACUAUCAUAUGAUAACAGAUGAAAAGCUCAGUUUGGUGAUAUUGUUACAGUCCAUGUUCUUUCGCAAUGAGGAACUAUGCCUUGACUAUGCCGAUUCAGACCAUAUUUCGCUCCUCAGCAAGAUUUAUCAUGGCUUAUCGCCUGCCUGCCAGCUCUACCAAGAAGUUGACUAUUGCCUACGCACCUUGCUUGGUCCUGCCUAUAACAAAUGCAGGCUCCCUGCUCAAGCUAAGCAGGUUGCCAUGACAACCGAAAAGAUGAAUUCUCAAAGCCCUUCAGAUGAACCAAGCUUGGCAUUGCAGCAUUACAAUGAGAAGAAAGCUGUAGACCGCUUCUACCAGCGUGGCAGCCUGGUGCCCUUUCGCUCUGACCAGACCCACGAGCUGCGACCAGUACGUAGCAUGCGAAUGGCAUCGGCCCGCACCCUGUCUAAGGUAGCCUGCUCUUUUCUGAACUCCUGGAAGCCUUGUAUCGUGUACUAUGGCAUCUCCCGUGAGGGCUUAGUGCACGGCGUAAUGCUGAAUCAUAAGGAGCGUGAUUGCCUGCGUCAGGGCGUGGACUGUAUGGCAUCCAAUCUGCGACCACGUCUGAUGCCACAGAGCAUCACCGUAGAGUUCGUGCCAGUGUUGCGCACCCCCGACGACUCACGCGAGACUGUCUCUUGCUUUGUUGUGGAAGUGAUGGUACGUGGUGCUCCUGACACGAUGUACACCACUUCAUGUGGUGAUUGCUACUUGCGUGCUGGCGACAUGUCGUACCAGGCCACGACACAAGAUGUGCGUGCUUGGAUUGUUCAGCAGGAGGAGGCCCGUUACCUACGGGCGCCCGGUUUGGCUCCUAUGAGUCCUGUAAGGCCCGCUGAUGUAAGCAACUCGUCACUCCACCCUUGGCACAGAGUUGUGUACUGAGCAGCAAUGUAAGCUCGUCUUCACAAGAAGAGCAUAACUUCCCUAAGUUGUAAGUCUCUCUAGACAAGUUUAGGCACCCUCCACUCUACUGCACAUUGUGGUCAAUUUUCUACGUCACCUUUGUCUGUUUAGCCUGUAAGAUCCAUUGUAUUAAUAUAAAGAUUGCCUGCAUGUAUGUUCAAGACAUUGUUAUUUAUUUUCAUAGUUUCGUGGCUAUUUUUCUGUUUUUCCUCACUUUCUGUACUAGCGCAUUCACAGAGAUUGAGAAUGGGUACUUUAGCACUAAGACCAUCAAAGAUAGGCCCAAGAAAUGCACUUUAAAUGUGGGGAUAACGUCUUGCAUGUCUUCUGCGUGCAUUAAAAGCAAUGUGAUUUUCUCAGACAAAAGUAGAAAGAUUAGGCUUACUUUUAACCAUAAUGAUGUGACGAAGCUGUCAGCAAGACCUCUUAUCUUGUCAUUUACUAAAAGGGGACUUGUGGUUCUACUAUACUGUUACUACCAUAAAAUUGACUUCCUUUAUUGGAAAGGGCCUGCUGUUAACAAUAUCCCUGUGAAUGCUCAUUAAAGAAAUGUGUAGUGACUAUGAAUGAGGAGAUAAAAGUGGUGUAAGUACACUUGCAGCUUGUCUCGAUGUCCUGUUUGUUGGUGAGAAUUGACCACAAUUGUAGAAUUGGUGAACAAAUUUAGCAUUAGAUUUUAUGAUGGUUAUGGAGCAUUUAUUAUAGUAUGUAAACUGAGAUUGCGUAAACUCAGUCGUAUGCCGACCAAGUCUUGCGUAAACCAAAUAGUUUUCAUAGCAAGCGAUAACUGGUGCUUGUGCCGUGACAAGCUGAAGGAAGUCUAAACUGUCUGUAUACCGAAAAUAACGAUCAGCUCAAGACUAAUUAUGACACACGGUUUAACCAUGGUGUAAAGAAAUGAUCAACAAGGAAAAAGGAGCUUUCCAGAAAUUCUCCUCUCAAAAUGCUCAAGAUUGGCAAAAUUACAAAAGUAUAGCCCACCUUAUAGAAACUGUUAUUGCCCAUGCUGAAAACAAGUUUUUAGCUUCAUUCUUCCAGAUAUGCUAAAAAUUAUCCAAAGAAAAUUCCAGUUACUGUUAAACCCAGAACCUGAUUGUACAGCUCCCUUACGAAUUUCUGAAGAUCGGGCUGUUUUAAAUGCUGGGAAUAAUGGAAAUAUUUCUAGCAAAAUGUUUCUCGGCUGUUUUAUUUGAAGAACUAGCACUUGAUAAUGCUCGCAUACUUUAACAGCUGUCUCUGUAUUCGAUCCCUUUCUCGUCCACCAUGAUAUUGGAACAUGUAUCUUUCAUGCAAUUGACAGGCUUGCUUCCUUGUGAAACCAGCCUCGCUUCUGGUGGUAAAAGUGCCAAACUUUUAAAACUAGCAUCCCACUUCCCUUGAUUUUUUUAUCCGUAGAUUUUUUUUAUCCCUAAUCUUUGAGCAGUCACUGGAUAUAGACUGCAUACCGAGAAAUUGGAAAUCAGCAUUAGUGAUUCCUGUAUUCAAAUCUGGGGACACCACGGAUCCUGCAUACACUGACCGAUUUCAGUAACGUCUAACUUGCAAAUUACUUGAACACAUUCUUUACACACACAGCCUGUCACGACCAAAAUAAUCUGCUUCUCAAUAACCAAUGUGGCUUCCGUCAGCAACGCUGUUAAAUGCUCAUAUAUAUAGUACAAACUAAAGAAGGGGAAAAAAGAGUGUUCCACACUCGCCAUCAUGUCUACGGGCGAGGCUGGCUAACACUCCGAAGUUUACAUGCACAGAAAUGCCCAAUAAAGUGGACGGGAGGAUGACCGCCACGGUAGAUGAAUUGGUAGAGCAUCAGAUGUGUUAUCCUAAGGCUGUAGAUUCGGUCCUUACUGGCGGCAAGGUUGUCUUUUCAUGCACUUAAAUUUCUUCACAUUUAUGUCCUAAUUACUACAGUACAAUUAAUAGACUACAAAUACAAAUAACCCCCCCUAUACAAACUAGUAACACAUAUUCACACUUCCUUGCACUCUCAGCUUUACACAGACUCCGUUUUCAAUGACUUUUCUAUUGAAUUUCACUGAGUAUACCUGAGUCUGCUUAUACUGAAAGGGUGAAACCUACAGCUUGACUACAACAUGACGUGAUGAAUUAGGGAACCAGCAGGUAUGAGGUAAUCAGUUAACAACUUUGUAAACAUACUCGCGUCACUUUGGGAAUUUCUCAAGGGUACGUCCUCGGUCCAAUACUAUUCCUAAUUUACAUUUAUGACAUUCCAAAUAAAAUUGCUUCACGAGUACGUCUUUUGCAGAUGAUUGCAUUGUGUAUAAAAACAUACGCAGCCCCGUCAAUAUCAUUACACUACAAUCUGUCUUCUGUAGACUGACUAAAUGGUGUGGCACAUAUCAGUUGUAAAUGAAGGCAUCAAAAAAUAAACAUGAAAAUUCGUUGCAGUUUCCCACCCUAACACUAACCAGUAUAAAACACGAGGUACUACAGUUCAUUCACUAUCCUCAGUUAAAUCCUGACCCACCUUGGUAUUUUUUUUACUUUCUACUUAAGCUGGAAUACCCACAUUGCAUUACUGGCAUUACCAGUAAAGCAUGCAAAAAGCUACGCUUUGUCAAAUGAUGUUUACCUUGCAAAUGCAGACAUAGCACAUACAGUUCCCUUAUCAGGUACUCCUUAGGAUAUUCUUCCUUAAUUUGGCACCCACAUCAUGAAAAUCUGUCUAACCUACUUGAAUAAGUUCAAAAAAGCUGCACUGUUCAUCUUGUCUUCAUACUCACACUACCAAAGUGUAUCCACCUUAAAGAUAUCGCUAAAUCUUCCUAGUCUUGACAUGCACAAUAAAUUUGCAUGAUUGUCGUGCUUUCAUAGUCUUUAUCAUAGUAACAUUCCAUUUGCUCAAGCCCAUAUUCUGCCUGCCCCACACAUCUCGACCCAGCGAGAUCACAUUCGUGAAGUAAAAUCUAUAUAUUUGCACAGACUAAUGCUUGUUGAAAUUUCCCUCUAGCUCUAUCUAUUGCCAAAUGGAAUUCUUUACCUUCAGCAUCCCUCCCUUCGUAACUGAUGCCUCUGGCAAGAAACAUUCAUUUUGUGACAAGCUGAAAUGUUCAUGCCUCAACACUCCCCAUAUUAUUGUAGUUCUGAUAAAAGCUGCUAGUCAAUUUGUAGAAGCCACAAAUGUCAUCUAUGGUGCAGGGAGGGACCCUUUUUUUAGCACUCUGCAAAUAUAGAAUUGCCCACUGGAACUAAUGGUCGGGAUUAUCUUGCACUGCUUCAAAUGCUUAUUUAGAUGGAUGUUGCAUUCACCAUUGGUUGCCUGCUGCUCCCUAAUCAAUUGAUCAAUCAAUCCAUCAUCUUAUUCCAGCUGUGUACUUUUUAUGGGUGCACUGGCAAAUAGAUGCCUUGUUUUAGUGCUCUCAUUGCCACGUGGCUCACAUACUUGCAUUUGUCAGCUGGUUUAUAUUUGUAUGAAUGCUUGGGUACUGUCAAAGUGCUGUUUUAUAAUAAUUGCACUGCCAUGUAGUUGCAGUACAGUGCUUUGUCUCGCAAGAUAUUUCUUUACUGCAUUUUUUGGGGGCUUUAUGCCAUGUUUUCUCACAAGCAGAAACAAGAUCACAGCUCAUAGUUAUUUGAUAGGUUACGCAAUUUUUCGGUCCUUCAUCAGUACUGCUGCAAUAUUUUGCUUCUGGUCCAUAUAUCUUUUAAUUAUUUUGUACUGCAUGCUAUUUUCUCAUAUGCAGCUAAAUGCAUCUUGAAAGUUACAGGAGUCUAUUGUUGUUGUGUAGAAGUAGUCAUAUAGUGACGUGUAUGUGCCAGCAAAUGUUGUAUGGCAUCUUGUUAUACCUGUUCAGUGUGCAUUGACAUGUAUCCUUGAAUAUUUUAGCACUUUGUAUUUGCUCUCCUUCUAAGUCUUCUUCUGUAGUCUUAUCUUUUCUAGCUGUAUGAAGAGAACAGACUUUCACAAGGUAUUAUUUGGACAAGGCAUGAAGCAUAUUUUUUUUGAUUGCCGAUCAGAUGAUGUUAUAUACUUUCAUGCUACAUAUAUAUCUUCCUCAUGUUUUUGCUGAAUAAAUUCUGUAAGGAACAGUGGCACAGCUGGGGAAUAUUUUUUUUUUUGCGAGGGCAUGCCCUUGACCAGAAGUUGGUGCUUAGGCAGGUGGGUAUUGCCGAGUGUUGUUUCAUGUUCGGCGGCUUGGUAGAUAAAAAUGUAGGGAGUGGCACGUCUCGUAUGCCACUCCUUGCCUGUUAGGCUCCUGGUAAGUCAUAGAAGAGGUUUUCGUAAAUUUUAUACCUUGUUUUAGUACUUUUGCUUUUUCAGUAUUUAGAAAAAGCUUACCCCUGUUACGACGUUCUACGAAAGGAAAUGUAAUAUAACCCAGAGUGUGUGCCAUCACUGUUUGUGUGGUUCCUUCUUGCAUUUGUAUAAGGUUCUGUGAUGUAUAAUGUUAGCCAUUAUGGCAUUUAAUUAAACUUGUCUGUGUUAACUUUUUCAAAUAAAACUGUUU